UCUUCUUAUAUCUUCCAACAAUGAGAUAAGUCGGACUCACUCGACAACCCUCCUUCACUUGCUUUCCGCAACGAAAUCUCACAACUCCCGUCACGAUGAAGCUCAUAGACACCGCCCUUCUGGGCCUCAUCCCAGCCCUCAUCACCCUCCACCUCCUCCUAGCCCCAGACACAAAAGUAGAGGAAUCCUUCAACAUCCAAGCCACCCACGACGUCCUCGUCUACGGCACGCCAACCCACGACGUCGCCGCCCGCCUAAGGGCCACUUACGACCACUUUGACUUCCCCGGCGCCGUGCCCCGCACCUUUGUCGGUCCCGUGCUGCUCGCCGGCCUCGGCGGACCUCUGGUCAACCUCGUCGGCUUCGCCCACGCUCAGCUCGUCGUCCGCGGCUUACUUGGCCUCGCCAACGCCGCCGCCCUCGUCAUCUUUGCGAGGAGCUUGAGAAGAGGGUUGGGCGAGGGCGUCAUGAGGUGGUGGGUUCUAUUGCUCGUCGGCCAGUUUCACGUCAUCUUUUACGCGUCGAGGACGUUGCCCAAUAUGUUUGCCUUCGCCUUGACAACCCUCGCAUCAGCAAACCUCGUCUCAAACCAGCCCUCGCAAUCCCACCUCCCACGCCUCCGCGUAGCCCUCUCCCUCCUUGUCUUCGCCGCCGCAAUCUUCCGCUCCGAAGUCGCCCUCCUCCUCGUCACGACCGGCCUCCACCUCCUCCUCACCCGCCAGCUCACGGUCCCCCAACUCAUCCGCCCCUUCCUCAUCGCCUUCUCCGUCGCCCUCGCCGUCUCCAUCCCGCUAGACUCGUACUUUUGGCAGAAACCCCUGUGGCCAGAACUCUGGGGCUUCUACUACAACGCCGUCCUCGGCUCCUCGUCCAACUGGGGCGUCUCCCCCUGGCACUACUACUUCUCCUCCGCCCUCCCGCGCCUCCUCGUCAACCCCCUAACCUUCACCCUCCUCAUCCCGCUCGCCCUCGCGCAGCCAGGCACCGCCCGCUCCGCCGCGGGACUCGUCAUCCCCCCCUCGCUCUUCAUAGCAAUCUACUCCCUCCAGCCGCACAAAGAAGCCCGCUUCAUCUUCUACGCCAUCCCACCCCUAACAGCCGCCGCCGCCCUCGGCGCAAACUUCGUCUUUUCCCGACGCACAAAAUCCUCCCUCUACGCCCUCGCCUCCCUCCUCCUCAUCCUAAGCAUCCUCGCCUCCCUCGCCGCCUCGACGGGCAUGCUCCUCCUCUCCUCCCUAAACUACCCAGGCGGCGACGCCCUCCGCCAACUCCACGCCCUCGUCGCCGCGUCCCCCGCCAGCAGCUCCGUGACGACCGUCCACACCGACGUGCUGAGCUGCAUGACGGGCGUCACCCUCUUCACCCAGAACCGCGUCGGCCUCCCCAAGAACCCGCACUCCCGCGCCCUCGAGACCUCUCUUCACCAAGACUCUUCUUCGUCAUCAUCAUCAUCAUCAGGCGCCAGCACCGAUCCGAUCUUCUCCUUUGACAAAACAGAAGACAAAUCCAUCCUCGCCGACCCGGGCUUCUGGUCCCGCUUCGACUAUGUUCUCGCCGAGGACGCUGCCUCCGUCAAGGGAGGCCAAUGGGAGACGGUGGGUGUCGUGCAAGGGUACGCCGGCAUCGAGGUGCUGAAGCCAGGUUCCGAGACCUCGGACGCGACCGGGGACGAGGAGACGGGGGAGAGCAAGAUCCUGGGCAGAGGACUCGUCGUCAAACGCGUGCGGGACUUUGUACGGGGCUUGACGGGCGGCUGGUGGGUUGGACCGCGUAUGGAGCCGCGGAUACGCAUCAUGAGGCGGGCCAAGGAUGUUGGCGGUGCCGGUGCCCGUAUCGUGUCUUCAUAGAAAGUAGUGUGUGUAAGAAUACCAAAAGUAUGCAUCAAUGUCAGACAGAUGGUCUCAGCAUAAAUCAGCACAACACGCGGACGUGAUAGCACGACUUUGAUUGCUUAUACGAAGCAAAGAAGGAAAAAGCCUCAAAGUUGAUGAAGACAAUACUAGGUAUUUCAAUCGUUUCAUACGCCGUGCGGUGUGCUCCGGCUUUGGGCAAUAAAGAACAAGAGCAGACACUAUCCUACCACAAAAGGCCAAAACCAAUGCAAGGCCUUCAGUUUCCCCUUCUCCAACACCAACAACAACCAACCGGUGACCACUGCCGCCAUCUCUUUCCCCCAAACCCAAAAUCACUACACACUUUUUUUGUUUUCAGUCCAUGCCCAGAAACAGCCCAGCCCCAAUGGCUUGCUGUGGUCCCAAUCCACCCGCCCUUGUCCUUAUCCACCGGCCUUUACCUCCAUCCAACACGCCCUUCCAACGACCAGCCGGUCGGAGCAGCUCGCUAG